GUCGUAGCAGAAACAGGAAAAAAAUUCAUAAAUGUUUCUUCAAUGACUAAAAACUUAUAUUUAGAAAAUAAAGAGCGCCGGCAGCCUGGAGUUUUCUCGAUCUUAACCUGGUAAGUGCCGGACGCUUGGCGCUCAAGCCUUUCCCCAAAGGCUCACCCUCCACGUGUAAGAAACCCAUAAGUCCACGUCUCUCGCCCAGUUAUCAAGAAGAAACUUCCCUAAAACGUAGCCAACAUUUCAAGCCUCCAUUUCUCUCAGCAAGAAACCAAAACGAGAAGAAAAAGGAGGAAGAAGAAAGAUCAGAGAUGGCAAAGAAGGAGAUGGAAGUGGUGAAAGGUGUGGACUUGCAGAGGUAUAUGGGAAGGUGGUAUGAAAUUGCUUCAUUCCCAUCAAGGUUUCAGCCCAAGAAUGGGGUGAACACUAGGGCUACUUACACAUUGAAGGAAGAUGGCACUGUUCAUGUCCUCAAUGAGACUUGGAGUGAUGGGAAAAGGGGUGCCAUAGAGGGAACUGCUUACAAGGCUGACCCUAAGAGUGAUGAGGCCAAGCUGAAAGUGAAAUUCUAUGUUCCUCCAUUCUUACCCAUCAUUCCUGUCGUUGGGGAUUACUGGAUUUUGUUCCUCGAUGAUGAUUACCACUAUGCUUUGAUUGGCCAGCCUACCAGGAAGUAUCUCUGGAUACUGUGCAGGCAGACCCAUCUGGAUGAUGAAAUCUACAAUCAACUGGUUCAAAAGGCCAAAGACGAGGGCUAUGAUGUGAGCAAGCUCCACAAGACACCACAGACUGAUCCUCCACCAGAGGAGGAAGGCCCCAAAGACACAAAAGGCAUAUGGUGGUUUAAGUCCAUUCUGGGGAAGUAGGAGGCAUUGCAUGAUCAUAUAGUUAAAGCGGGCAUUACAUACACAAUAAAAUGCCCAAAACCUUAUUAAAGAGAGUGAUGUAUCAUUAUUUUAUUAUAAGCUUAUUUGGUAUUGUGCUGUAAAUUAAGAGUGCAUGUAUUGGAUAUGAAGUUUCUUUGAAUCCUUGUGGCAUGUUGUUCAUUCA